AUGACUACAUAUACUAGCCAGCCUGAUCCUAUGCACCAAUCCUACAUGAAAGACAUUGGCCUAUUAUACCUCGGCCAGCACCAAUCCUACAUGAAAGACAUUGGCCUAUUAUACCUCGGCCAGCACCAAUCCUACAUGAAAGACAUUGGCAUACUUACACCGGCCAGCACUUAUUCUACAUGCACCGGCCGGGGACUGGCCAGCCAUGAUUCUACAACCUUUUGGCACAUCCGGGGCAGGGAUUUUGGUCUUGCGGCGGUCCCAGGGGACGCAGACUUGCAAUUGUCCACGAUGACUGUGACUAGCCAUUUGGAUUCUCGAUGGCGUGCGCCUGAAGUAAUUGGAAUCGAGUGCGACCCUGAACGACCAACUUUCGAGAGCGACAUCUAUUCAUUUGGUGGUGUUAUGUAUUUUAUCAUCUCGGGGGAUGUACCAUGGAAAGAGAAGAAGCAUUCGCAUCAAAUUUCGAUCGAGUUAUCGAAAAGAGUCAAACAUGCGCGUCCCGAUAACAUCCUUGACAAGCAUUGGAACUUCAUCCAACAAUGCUGGUCUUGGAACCCGCAGGAUCGCCCAGGAGCAGCACAAGCCAUUGGAUGCGUUGCAAGGAAAAGUAUCUUACUCUUUGGGGAGACGGGAGUAGGAAAAAGCGCACUCGUCAACCUCAUGGCGGGAGAGGAGUUAGCACCCACAGCUCUUGGCGUGGGCCGCUGUACGAUGCACUCGCAAGAUUAUAAUGUCGAAUUUGGUGGCGAGUCUUAUAAGGUGUUCGAUACCGUUGGACUCGAGGAACCGCAGCUGGGAAUAAAACAGUACCUCGACUCUGUCGAGAAUACCUCCAAGCUCAUCCAGAAUUUGGAUAAACGCGGUGGCAUUGAUUUGCUUCUGUUCUGUGUUCGCGCAGGCAGACUCACUGCUAUGGUGAAGAGCAAUUACAGACUCUUUCACGAAUUCCUCUGCGAGAAGAAGGUUCCCAUUGUUAUUGUGAUCACGAACCUCGAACGUGAGGAAUCGAUGGAGGACUGGUGGAAGAGGAACCAUGAUAUUUUCGAUCGAGGCAAUAUUCAUGUUGCUGGUCACGCGUGCGUCACUGCCGCUGAUAAACAGACACUCAAACACCCACAUCUUUAUGACGAAUCGCGCGUCAUAAUCCGCAACCUUGUCAAAGAACAUGCUGCUGACGGUCAGAAGCAAGCAUGGAUAGGAGGGGACAGUCGGUUCCGGAGCUUCUUUGGUCGGAAUCCGCUUGAGAGCAGGAAGGAUCUUAUCCCUCGCCUCAUGAAGCGUUGCGGAAUGUCUCGAGAACUCGCAACAUCCUUGGCUGAUAUCAUCGAGAAAGACGAGGUAUGA